AGGAAUCCUGGCGAGAAAGCGUGAAUAACGUAUAUUAUCACUGCUUGCUUCUUAUCGUGAGUCCUGUCUGUAGGUCUAGGCUCUAUGACAGCAGUAUGGACUAUUCCUUGCAGUUUUUCAUCUACUGCUGUGUUGGCGCUUUGUGUAUCUCGUUGACUACAUCACAAGGACUCAAUCCUGACUUUAUAAAACAUCUUAACGAGAAAGUUUCGAAUUCAUUCCAAGAAAGGCGAUCCAAUCAUGAAGAUAUAUGGAAUGAUAAUGACGAAGAGGAUACAUUCAAAAAGAUAGUCGGUGUCGUAAAGGACUUUGGCAAACAGCGAGGAAAGACGACAAUAGAGGGGCGUGAACUGGCCUAUGAGACUCGCUACCGUUUCCAUAACCUGAAAGAGGGGUGGGUGCAUGACUGUCGGAUGACAGACCUCAAAAGUGGGGUCGAGAUCGAGGUCCGACAUCGGAAAGGUGAGCUCCAGGUCAUUAAGGAAGCUGUGCAGAAAGUAUUUCAAGAACUCGAGAGCAAGGGACUGUUGCUCGAGGACCAUGGUGAAACUAAUGAGGAAGGGAAAUCACCACAAGAUGCUAGGGCUCCGCUUAAUGAUUCGGAGUCAACGCCUGAUGAUGUUGAAGAUCCACCACUGGAUACCGGGAUUCAUGAAGAUGAAACUGGUAAUGUUGCCUUAUUUCAAACAGGUAUAUGGUCGAUGUUCCUGAAACAUUUCAAACAAGACAUUUUUCUACACCCGGAAGUACUCCUUUCCAGAAUUGUCUUAUGUCUCCUAUUAUUCUUAGCUGCAAUUCAUGUUUUCAAGAGAAAAUCAAACCGCCUCUUACAAACUACCGUUGCGAGAUUACUAGUGGAUAGAUCAAGUACUGGAGCUCUCAUAGUUUCCAAACAUAUCACUCUGAACUCAUUCUUUGUUUCAGAUGACAUUGAACCAGACGGGGAUGGUUUAUAUAAACAUCUUGUAAUUAGCCCAGCUACGCCAACCAUUCACCAGCUUAAUAGUGUCAGGAACUAUGACUCGAUGUAUCGAUCGCCUCAAAAGGGUGUAGCAUACAUUCUCAACAAUCGUCUAUUCUCUGCAGGCAGAGAACGGAGAGGUUCAGAGGUCGACCUCCAAAAUGUACAACAUUUAUUCACCCAGCUUGGAUAUGAGACUAUCAUCGAUGAGAAUUCUACGGCUGAAAAAAUACGCCACAACUUAGAUUCUUUAGUAAGGCGAAUCAAUCAAGAAGGGGCCAAAAUUCACAGUUCUCUGGUUUUGUUUCUGAUGAGCCAUGGGACUCCCCGUGGAAUUCUGGGUACUGACGAGCUUGAAAUAUCAAUUGAAGAAAUCAUCGGCCGACUAUCCGGAAAGAACUGCCACGCGCUCGUGGAGAAGCCGAAGAUUGUUUUCAUUCAGGCUUGCCGCGGACAAAAUCUGCAGCAGAGUGCCGUCGAUGGUGACUCAGUUUUAUUCGACUAUCGAGAAGAACCGGAAGAUUAUCUCCGUAGAAGAGGUGUAGCAACGGAUGAUGGCGUUUAUCCAUCGAGCAAAACCAUCCCUGAUCACUCUCUGGAAGUAGACUCUCUACCCGACAACACGGAUAUCUAUGUAGCGUAUGCAACAUCAUACGGUUACUUCUCAGUUCGAGACACGGUGAAGGGUUCGUGGUUUGUACAAGCUACAUGUGAGGAAUUCAUUGCAGGGGCUCAUAUUGAUGAUCUUGAUACUAUGAUGGAAAGUGUUACGAGGCGAGUAACCAGAUUAUGGGGUAGAAUGAAACUGAGGACGGGUCAAGAAGUCACCAUGCUACAGACACCAGAUAUCCGGAAACAGGGAGUACGAAGGAAAAUUUAUUUCGCUCCUAAAUAUCCGACAUCGGAGUCUGCAUGAAACUUAAUAAGUUAAGAAGUUUAUGCAAAAUGUAUUAGUGCCUUACAGUGUAAACUAAUCAAUUGGAACGCAAACAGCCUCUCUUAAUUUUCUGUAAAAUCUUAGAAAUAAUAACCUUAUAAGACUCCAGAAGGACCGGGGAGCGAAAUUAUUUUUCCCACCGCAGUUCUGGAACAAAAUAUGAAUAUUCAUGACUUGCGUCUUUGGAAUAAGAGUACGCAUGCGCGUGAAUUAAUUGUCAGUGCCUUGAUCAGCACCCUAAAAUUACCGGUACCAUUACAUAUAGUUACAUAGGCCUUUUAGGCUUAGAUCUAUUUGUAUCUAGAUCCAAUUCUUAAACAUUAUUAAACUAGCUGCCAUUAAUGACAAGACAAAAUGCUAGGCUAGGGCUAGCUUCGGCAAGCGCAUUAACUUUACCUCAAUUCUGGACCUGUCUAAUGCCUAAUACUAGUAGCCGACUAAUGCCAUGGUUUACUUCGAACUGGUUACCCAGGUAACAAUACAGCGUUGGAAAAACGUUGGAUCAACGUUGGGAAAUUUUUCCCAACGUUGCCUCAACGUUGGCAGGCAAACGUUGCAUCAUCGAUAGAAAUGCACGCGCAUACAUCGUCAGACCAACAACAUUUCCAACGUCAGUUCACCCUUGUCCAGCAACAAUGUUCCAACGUUGUCUGGCAACGUUAAACCAAUGUUGGCUAAAUAGUCAAAUACAACGUUGCUACAACGUUGGUAAGCAACAUUGCAUCAUCGAUAGAAGUGCACGUCCAUUCAUCGUCAGACCAACAACAUUUCCUACGUCAGUUCAACGUUGUCCACCACCAUCGAUGCUCCAACGUUGGUCUCAUGUCGGCUGAGUCAUCAAUAACAGCAGCGAUGGAAGUGCACGCGCAUACAUCGUCAGUCCAACUAUGUUUACAACGUUGGUUCAACGCUGUCCAGCAACAAUGCUCCAACGUUGUCUGGCAACAUUGCUCCAACAUUGUAACAACGUUGCUCCAACAAUAUUCCAACGUAUGGCCAUAAUUAACAAAACAUGGCCAGGCAGGACCAACCAGGUCAAUUCAAGGCAGCGUAUAAUUAAUAAGGCAUGAAUGCCAGGAAGCAAGUCAUUGGGUGAUUUCAAGUACGGUGUUCGGUGUUGAGAGCGUGAAAGGGCUGCUGAACUGAGCUCCAACACCGAGCGUAAUAUUAUUUUUCAUUAAAAUGUAUUAAAACUCUAAUGAUUUGAUCUCAUCUUAAAUGUAAAAGAUAAUUUAUGGGGAUGGUUCGUAGUGUUCGCCCCCUGUCCGUGAGCUACAGUUCAUCAACACCAACACCGAACUUUAAAUCACGUACGAUUCUCCCAAUCCCUGCAGGGGGUUGGUGUUGCUGAAUGGGGAAAUUGCACGUAGAUCGUCAACACCAUGCACCAUGCAGCCGCAGUGUUGGGUUCAGCAGAUGACAAUCAACACCAGCCUUCAACACAAACUGCCGGAAAUACACCAUAUUUUCCGAGGUCAAUCCCAACACCAGCCUGAUUUCAAGUACGGUGUUGUCACAACACCAACACCAGAUUUCAACACUGUACUUUAAUUGAAAUCACCCAAUGACUGUUGCCUUGCCCUUGGUAUCGCAUACUCGUUCCUGAAAAUAGAUGAACUACUAGAUCUUGAUCUAGAGUAGAGACUAGAGAGUCUCAACCUGUGCAUGUGAAAGUAUGAUAUUCAUCAAAUAUGCAACGGUAAUCAUCACGCGUGUUCUCUGGUAGUGGUAAUAAAUACUGGAAGGAUUGAAGAAGGAGGCUGUGCAUGCAGUGACCGGUGUUCAGUACUUACACGAAAAUACUAGCGUUAUGCACACAGAAGCUGACUCCGGGAUCUUUCGGAGGAGAUCAACAGUUGCAGUUACCGACUAUCUGCAAGUGCAAAGAAUAUUUCACUGUAGUUUGUAGGUCCUAAAUAUGCAGCUUAUAAGUACUGUGCCAGAUUACUAGAUAUUCGGGAAUUUAAUUGUCUAUAUCCAGUUCAAAUUCUGCCAGAUUCUUCAAGUUCAAAAUUGAAGGAAGCAGACUACACAGAAGAAGGAGUCCGACGUCGCGACAAAUCUGAUUAUCAGAAUAGUAUGGUAUUUUAAAUAGGCACAUUUGAUGCUUGUAUUUCCUUCUUCAAUUUCUUCUAGCUAGGUGACGGUAGGCCUAUAUCUCGUACUUACUGUGAAUGGCCUUAUAGCCAGCUGCAAAGGACGAGGGCGUUUCUGGAAAUUCUGGUCUUGAACUGCAUUUGUUUUCUUGUUUUUCUCCUUUAUUUUCUAUAUUAAUCGACUCAUUUGCAGCCCCCGGUGCAGCCUCUUGAUCUAUUCUAUUCCGUCUUUAUUUUUGUUUUCCCCGUUUAAUUCCUCUUUCCCUUCCCAUUAUUUUCCUUCUCUCUCGAUUUCUUUUCCCCUAAUUGCUGGGAGGAUACAAGGGUGACAUGGAUAGACAAGCAAACUUACUUGAUCGGUUACACUUCGUAAUUCCGAAGGUUCUUUAUUCCGAAGGUUUGUAAUUCCGAAACACGUAAACUGCCUAUACCUCGAUGUUCGUUAAUCCGAAAACGUAAAAGGGUUCGUUAAUCCGAACAUUUGGGAGUCAUUCCGAAGGUUCGAUAAUCCGAAAACGAAAUAAGGUUCGAUGUUCCGAAGGUUCGUUAGUCCGAAAACGAAAUAAGGUUCGUUGUUCCGAAGGUUCGUUAAUCCAAAAAUGGAAUAGGGUUCGUUGUUCCGAAGGUUCGUUAGUCCGAAAACGAAAUAAGGUUCGUUAGCAUCACGUUUUCGGACUGACGAACCUUCGGAAUUACGAACCUCAUUUCGUUUUCGGAUUAACGAACCUUCGGAAUUACGAACCUCACUUUGUUUUCGGACUAACGAACCUUCGGAAUUACGAACCUCAUUUCGUUUUCGGACUUACGAACCUUCGGAAUUACGAACCUUCGGAAAUACGAACCUUCGGAAUAAUGAACCUUCGGAAUAUCCGAACCUUCGGAAUAACGAAGCUUCGGAAUUACGAAUGUAUGCGUACUUGAUCACCCCCCGGACCCAUUGGAAAUAAUGUGAGUAGUUGUCGUCUGUAUAUCAACUCUCCAAUGAACCAGUUUCUAACGUUCUCAACACUGUGUAUAUUAUGCCGGGAUAUUAGUUGACUGUCAAACAAAUAUCCACCAAACUAUAGUUUCCAACAUUGUGUCAAUGUUAACUGUCAACAACUCUCCAAUAAACUAGUUUCCAAUGUUGUCAACGUUGUACCAUUGUCGGUUGUUCAACGAAUCUCCAUCAAACUACUUUCCAACAUUGUCAACAUUGUGCCAUUGUCGGCUGUUCAGUAACUAUCAAAUCAAACAUGUUUCCCACGUUGUGCCAUUAUCGACUGUCCAACAAAUCUCCAAUAAACUAGUUUCCAACGUUGUCCACGUUGUGACAUUGUCCGUUGUUCAACAACUCUCCAUCAAACUAGUUUCCAACUAUGUCAACGUUGUGCCAUUGUCGACUGUCCAACAAAUCUCCAACAAAAUAGUUUCCAACGUUUUCCCGUUGUCGGUUUUUCAGCAACUCUCCAUCGAACUAGAUUCCAACGUAGUCAACGCUGUGCCUUUGUUGGCUGUUCAACAACUAUCCAAUCAAACAUGUUUCCAACGUUGUGACAUUGUUGGCUGUCCAACAAAUCUCCAACACACUAACGUUUGUUUCCUAUGUUGUGCCACUGUCAACAACUUUCCAUCGAACUAGUUUCCAACGUUGCCAACGUUAUGUCAUCGUCGACUAUCCAACUGAUCUCCAACCUACCAGUUUCCAACGUUGUGUCAGUGUCAGUUGUUCAACAACUUUCCAUGUAACUAGUUUCCAGCUUUGUCAACGUUGUGUCAUUGUCGACUAUCCAACUAAUCUCCAACCUACCAUUUUCCAACGUUGUGCCAUUGUCGACCGUCCAACAAAUCUCCAACACACUAGUUUCCAACGUUGUGCCAUCGUCGACUAUCCAACAAAUCUCCAUCAAACCAGUUUCCAACUUUGUCAACGUUGUGCCAUUGUCGGUUGAUCAACAACUUUCCAUCGAACUACGUUCCAACCUUGCCAACAUUGUGUCAUCGUUGACUAUCCAACUGAUCUCCAACCUACCAGUUUCCAACGUUGUGCCAGUGUCAGUUGUUAAACAACUUUCCAUCGAACUAGUUUCCAGCUUUGUCAACGUUGUGCCAUUGUUGGUUGUUCAACAACUUUCCAUCGAACUAGUUUCCAACGUUGCCAACCUUGUGUAAUUGUUGGCUGUUCAGCAACUAUCCAAUUAAACAUGUUUUCAUCGUUGUGCCAUUGUCAAUUGUCCAACAAAUCUCCAACACACUAGUUUCCAUCGUUGUGUCAUUGUCGACUAUCCAUCUAAUCUCCAACUUACUAGUUUUCAACGUUGUGCCAUUGUCGACCGUCCAACAAAUCUCCAACAAACAAGUUUUCAACUUUGUCAACGUUGUGCUAUUGUCGGUUGUUCAACAACUUUCCAUCAAACUAGUUUCCAACGUUGCCAACGUUGUGCCUUUGCUGGCUGUUCAACAACUUUCCAUCAAACUAGUUUCCAGCGUCGAUUCAACGUAAAUCCAUCAAGUUUUUCCAACGUCCAACGACUUUCAAGUUUCCAACGUAGAGCCAACGUUGGCUUGUUACCUGGGUAAUUAACCUACGUGAACGCUAUAACGUAACGUACGCGUAUACGACCACAGAGUGAAUGGAUCCAUGCGCAUGCGUACUCCAAUUCUGAAGACGCAAGUCAUGAAUAUUCAUAUUUUGUUCCAGAACUGCGGUGGGAAAAAUAAUUUCGUGACCGGGGAAUGGGAGGGACUAACUCCUCACACUUUUCGAAAACACCCAAUAUUUCAUUGAUUACGAGCGGUGUGUCAGUCAGACCGCAGGUCCCUAUGCUAAUGAGCAAAAAGGCCAGAUUCAUCCAAAUCAUCUCGUGGCUGAAUCCUCCUCCUUGCAAAAUCUCGUGAUUCGUGAGAUUUUCUUUCUCUAAGAAUUUACCUGUUUUAACCUCAAGUUAAAUGAAAUAUUAUUGCACCAUCAGAUAGAGUAAAUGUUAUUCUUUCAUAUUGGUCAUUUAUUUUGUAUAUAAUAUUUUAUUAAAUAAAUACAUUUCUGGCCUGAAAAUGUGCCUCAAAACUGAA